UCAGGUCGGUAUAUAAAGGCGGAGCGGCGACGGGAGCAGGACGGCUGGGACCGAGCAGCCCCGGGACUCACAGUAACCUUUAACUAUUACCGUAAAACAGCUCCGCGCUUCACUUAACUAUUUAUUUACUUUCGGGCUCUUGAAUAUUUUAGACCUAUUUUAGCUGUUUGUCAAGUUCUUAAAGUGCUUAAGUUUUUCCUUUUGCUCGGUUGUUGUUUUUUUUUUUUUUUUAACUCUACGGUAGUUAAAAUGGCGAGCUCGGCCAACUCGAACCCAGUGCCUAAACUGUAUAAAACUGUGAUGGAGGACGUGAUUAAUGAAGUCCGAGAGCUGUUCCUGGACGAAGGUGUGGACGAGCAGGUCCUCAUGGAGCUCAAAACACUGUGGGAGAGCAAGCUGAUGCAGUCGAAGGCCGUGGACGGGUUCCACUCGGAGGAGCAGCAGGUUCUUCAGGCUCCACAGGCGCAGGUCCCACAGGUCCAACAGACCCAACAGACUCAACAAACCCCACAACCUCAACAGGUCCUCAUGACUCAAGCACCGCAAGCUCCACAGCAGCAGGUGAUCAUACAGGACCCUAAACUUCUUCAGCACAUGAACGCCACAGGCAUGAGUGCUGCUGCCACCGCAGCGACGUUGGCGUUGAACACCGGAGUGUCACCCUACCAACAGCUUGUCACUAGUUCAGGUCAGAUCCUGCAGGUGGUGAGGGCUCCUAAUGGAGCUCAGUACCUCAUCCAGGGGCCCCAGCAGCCCAUCAUGGUGCAGCAGCAAGUCCUGCCUCAGAUACAGACCGGCGGAGUGCAGGCUCCGGUUAUACAGCAGGUGUUGGCUCCACUGCAGGGUGGACUGUCUCAGCAGACCGGUGUGAUCAUCCAGCCUCAGCAGAUCGUCCUCACACAGAACAAAGUGCAGCAGAACGCUCAGGUGAUGCAGGCGGCCAUGGCUCAAGGACAGCCCCAGACACAAACACAGCCCCAGACACACGCGCAGACUCCACAGCAGCCGCAGACGGCGCAGCAGCAGGCGCAGCCUCAGCCUCAGCAGGCUCCCGUCAUGCUCCAGGUGGACGGAGCGGGGGACACGUCGUCGGAGGACGACGAGGAUGAGGAGGACGAAUACGACGAGGACGACGACGAGGACAAGGACAAAGACGGAGGAGAGGAUGGACAAGUAGAGGAGGAGCCUCUGAACAGCGGAGAUGACGUGAGUGACGAGGAGGACCAGGAGCUGUUCGACACCGAGAAUGUCGUCGUCUGUCAGUAUGAUAAGAUCCACAGAAGUAAGAACAAAUGGAAAUUCCACCUGAAGGACGGGAUCAUGAACCUGAACGGACGCGAUUACGUUUUCUCCAAAGCCAUCGGAGACGCAGAGUGGUGAACCCCUCCCCCACCUUACAGACUCCUGAGAGUGUGUGUGUGUGUGUGUGUGUGUGUGUGUGUGUGUGUGAGAGAGAGAUGUCAGGUUUGUGCUGGAGGACGGGACUGUUUGAGCAUCAGGAGGAAACACACGUGAUGUGGGACGAAGAAGGACGUCCUGAUGAUACUGUACGACUUUUUUUUUUAAAAAAAAACAAAAAAACCCUGAAAUGAAUCAUCUGUACAUUUCUAGCGUGUUUAGUCAGUGGAUCUGAGACGACUGCCGGCUCCUUCAUCCUUAGAGGGAACUGUUUGUUUGUUUGUUUGUUUUUCGGUCUUUAACUCAAAACUGGUUAACGCCCAGCUCGAACAAAACUAAACAAAAUGAAUCAAGUAGAGGCUCGUGUGCGGAUUUCGUAGUGCCUCGAAUUAGCUGUGAAGUAGGCACGCGUGUGUGUGUGUGUGUGUGUGUGUGUGUGUCGAUGUCGUACUCCGUAACCCCGAGCGACGGCACGUGCCUGCUGCGACGUCCUCACACGUGUCGAGGUUAUAACACAUGUCCGUCUGAUCCAUCAUUAGUUACGCAGAUUAAAGAGAAUUCAGAUUUCUGUGCUUGCCAAGUCUUGUGUUGAACUAACAAACACACACACACACGUUUGUAUGUUUAUUCCCUUUUUUUAUAUUUUAAGACAUUAAAACCUUUUUUUUCUUUUAAACAUAAAUCAUUUUUUUCCAUCAUUGCAAAGAAGCAACACUAAAAACAAAUCAACAACUCAAUGUCGACCCUGUUUUAGUGUGUGUGUGUGUGUGUGUGUGUGUGAGAGAGUGAGAGAUAGGGAGGUUAAAGUUGAACCAUGUCCCAUUUUUUUAUUAUUAUUAUUUUGUUGUUAUUAUUAUUUGUGUUAUUUCCACUGUAUUUAUUCCUGAAGCUCAGGCACCAUCACACACACACACACAGAGGACGCGCCACACUGUGCUCUUAACACCAUGUUUGUAUAUUAAUGAGUUUCUUUUUGUUUUUCUUCACCUCAGAUUCAUCAUGCAUCAUUUUUACAUUAGUUAUAUAUAUAUUUUUUUUCUCCCUGUUGACAAUUCACCCGCGUUUAUUUCCAUGCUGUAACACAAUCCAAGAAACAGGCACCUGUGUGUUAUUGUUGUUAUAAUUUUUUCAUGUUUUUCUCUUUCUGUUCUUUACUUCUUGUCUUCCUGUGACGGUGAGUCUGAGGUCCAGAGUUAAUUGAGUUUAUAUUUCAGUCUCGUUCAGAAACAGGAUGGAUGAUGGAAUGGUUUGUUCUUUGUUCCCCUCCUGUUUCCCCCCCCUCCUCCCCAUCUUUAGAUGUUUUAUGUCUUGUUAAUCUCAUGCUUGUUCUUCUUCUUCUCUUUUUUUUUUUUUUUUUUAUUGUUCGUGCCUUUUCGAUAUGAUUUGAGCUUCAGGUAUUUCGCGCGGACGCCGUAGCUUUUUUAGAGUAAAAACCCUCCAGAAGAGGAAAACUGUACGCUUUGUUUUUAUGAUUGUUAAUAAAUCAUGCGCUGAAACCGA